CACUCGGAGCUAGAGUGACCUUUAUUGGAGUAAUUCGCUCGCCGGUCGCUGUGGCAGCGACUGAAAGUCGCUUUCGCUUAUUUUCAGGGCCCUGUCAAAAAACAAAAUAAAAAUAAAAAUUGGGACAGGGUUUUUAUUUUAAGCAGGUGGAUCAGACAGCCUAUCCAGAAUGGGAGGCAAUGGAAGCACGACGAGGAAAGUGUCAUUCGGACUGGACGAAGACGAGAAGGUCACAGUCAUUCAAGGAGUGAAGCUGUCGGAGGACGUGCUGCGACGGAUGAGGGAAUCCCAGGGAUCUGACAGCGAGAGUCACAAACCACCAACAAGUCCAAAGCAGACAGGACCUUCCACUGCAGAAUUACAGCAGGAAAUACGCAAAAAGUUUGAGUAUGAGCAGGCCUUAGUGCAGGAGCAGCUGGCCAGACUGGCCCAAAAGGAGAGAGAACGAGAGGCUACAGCAGCCACACAGGGCCUGGUUGAUGUGAGCUCAGCUCUUAUCAUUGAGAGAGGCAAAACCCACGAAGAGCUGGCGAAAGCCAAAAUGCUGGCUGGACAGCUUGAGAGGAAAGAACGGGAGCUGGCCAGUAUCUCAGCUUUCUAUAAAGAACAAUUAGAAAUGCUGGAAAAAAAGAACCUUGAAAACUACAAGCAAGUCAGUGAGCAGUACAACCAGGCAGCUACCAAGACUGAGGAUCAUAUCCGGCCUUGCUACACAGCCCCAGUCUGCACCGAACUGCAGACCCAAGUGCUCCAGUGCUACAAAAACAACUCGAAGCAGACCCUUCUCUGCUCCAGCGUGGCCAAACAAUACAUGUCCUGCAUCCAGCAAGCAAAGAAGAGCUUACUGACCAACCAUGGUUGAGAAACCCAAAACAGCAGAGAGGAGGAAGAUAAGAAAGGAAUGCGUCCAAUCCGUCCAUCUCUAGUCUCCUUCUCAAUCCGUCCAUCCGUUAAUUUAUUCAUCCACCGUCACCAACCGCAUACAUCCCCAUACCCAACUCAUCCACCUCCGCCCCCCCCCCCCCCCCGGGUCCCUCUUGUCUUUUGGAGUGCAUUAGCUUGACUCUUCGCCCCAGAGUGUAUGAUGUGUUGGUUUAUUGUCGAGUUGUGCCGGCAUACCCCUGCCGUCGCUGAAAUAAAUCCCAGUGAUCUGGUGGAGAUGAAGCCGCAGAUUGUGUGUUUGUGUGUGUGUGUGUGUGUGUGUGUGUGUGUGUGUGUGUGUGUGUGUGUGUGUGUGUGUGUGUGUGUGUGCAUGCACAUGAUGUGGAGGAUGUCAGCCGCUUGUCGCACCGUGCUAAUAACGCUCCCGCUACCGAGAAUAGGGUCAUAAGCACCCUUCCAACAAGGCACGGCAGGCCCCGGGGCUUGGUUGCACGCCACGCUCCAGGUUUCAUUAAGACAGAGGGAAGAGAAGAAAUGGAGGGAUGUGAGGUAUAUAUAUUAAAUGCAGAAAUGUACUCUAAGGUUGUGUGCGC